GUUCCUCCGAAGCCGCCAGUGAAAACUGCGGCGUCCGUCGCAGCAGCGGCGAAUUUGGCUCGACAACGCAAAGAACAGCAACAGCAACAACAACAGCGAGAACGUGAUCAGCCUGUUCUUCACCGCCACCAUCACAGGGCGCACGAGAAGCAGCAGCAGGAGCAGCAGGGCCGCCAUAACAAGAAGAAGAUGGCGCCGCAGCCGCCGAAACGCACGGAGGCGUCCAAGCAGGCCGUCGGCGCGUGGAACCUUUGUGCUGGAAAGCGUCGGAAUGCCAAGAGUAGCAGCAAUAAGGCGCAGAUUGCUCCUGAACCUCCGGUUGACCACCAGAUUAUCGAGUACAGUGAAGAAUACACUGAGAUAAGCAUGGAGGAAGACGAACUGGACGACGAAGAUGACAAUAAUGAAGAGAACAACGUCAACCUCAUUGAAGAACACGUCGCAAAGAAGAAAUUGAGCCCGAAGUCAGUGCCAGUGGAACGCCGCCGCCACGACUUCUCGCCGUCACGCGUCAGCGUCGCCACUCAAGUAUCAGAGUCAUGCUCCGAAGAAGAAGAAGACGAAGGCGACGCAGUCGAAACCAAUAAGUCCGCCACAUUGCCCAGAAACUUUGCCGAGCGCUUCAAACUCUCGUCGCCGCGAGCAUCAGCACAGCCGCCACCAGCACCUGCAACAGCAGCAGCAGCACUCACGCAGCUGGACGCCAAAUCCGCGGCGUUUGCCCGCAAGUCCGCCGGCAGCUCGACGUUGUCCCCAGUCCGUCUCACCGCCUUCAAAACGACGUCCUUUGAGAAGAUCAAUUUCCUGAAGGCGCCGGUGAUGUCCGUUGCUGAUGGGGACAGUGCGGGGAACGGAUUCACGUCCACGCACUUGGUGCGGAGUGCUGGUGGUGGUGGUGGUGGUGGUGGUGGUGCUGGACUGAAAAAUGGUGGUGGUGAGGAUAAUGAUAAUGAUGAUGAUAAUAAGGGGUCGUCUUUCCUAAUGAGUCGACUGGGAAGAAAGUCGUGGGACGCUGCUGGGGGUGAAGGUCGGUUUUUUGAUGCGAAGACGUCGGGCACGCGGUUACUGAGUGUCCCGACAACCCCCGCCUUAGAGCAAGAACAAUAA